ACACAUUUACAAUAUGGUCAGUAUUUUGCUUUAAGUUGCAUACAUGUAUGUGAUAUUUUAGAAUGCCAUGAAGUAUAAAGAUGUGCAUAUUGACUUCACUUGGGAAGAGUGGACUUUGCUGGAUACUUCUCAGAAGAAACUCUACAAAGACGUGAUGCUGGAAACCUAUAAGAACCUCAAUGAUAUAGGAUACAUUUGGGAAGACCAUAAAAUUCAAGAACAUUGUGCGAGUUCUAAAAGACAUGAAAGGCAUGAACGAAGCCAAACUAGAGACAAGCCUUCUGAAUAUAAACAAUGUGUUAAAGUCUUUGCUUAUAACAGUCCCCUUCGAAGGCAUAAAAGAACGCAUACUGAAGACAAACCCUAUGAAUGCAAUCAGUGCAGUAAAGCCUUUGCAUAUCAAUGUCGUCUUGCAACACACAAAAGAACACACACUGGAGAGAAACCAUAUGAAUGUAAUCAGUGUGGUAAAGCCUUUGCUCAUCAUGGUACUCUUCAAAUACAUAAAAGAACACACACUGGAGAGAAACCCUAUGAAUGUAAUCAUUGUGAUAAAGCCUUUGCUGAUCCCAGUGCUUUUAAUCGGCAUAAAAGAACACAUACUGGAGAGAAA